ACUGGUACACAAAACAGAACACACCACUACCUUACAUGUCGACCGCCACGAUGGAAACAAAUAAUCAAAAUCUAGUCGACAGCUUGGUCAAUCAAAUCACAACGACGAACAGUAUUGCUACUCUCCACACCACUCUUCGGGGCGCGUUGAGACCCGAUAUUCGUGAGGCCGCUUUAGGAGGAGCAUUGUCUUCAGGUGCAGAUCCGUUGAACCUUCUAGAUCUGAGGACCGAUACAUUGGGAGUGCUCUAUAUUCUAUCAGCGCGAUUGAACGUGCCGUCGUUUGAGGUGGCGUUACCAGUACCGCUGCCAGCUUGGGAGGUCGUAGAAAAUUUUUGCAGUCAGUUCAUACCUGAGCAGGCAAGGCACGCACCAGAACGUAUGUUCAUGCUCGGCGAUGGGAUCCUCAAAUAUGCUGCUCAUUUGCUCAACCCCAAGUGGGCUAUCAUUCCUCUACUCAACCUCGUUCUACGAUUCCUUCCCACACCUAACAUCUUCACUCCGAUUCACUAUCAGUUGCUCUUGACCUCACUGCAAACCGGACACGUUGGUCCUGUAGCACCAUUUCUGGUCAAGUAUCCCAUCGACGACAUCUACAACACAGCCCAUUACCCUGGAUACAAGUCCAAUGAGUCUCCAACGACCGACCUCAGCUAUAACGAUAACCUGAUGUAUCACUACAUGGCCGGUAUCGCGUUAACUCUGGCAGCUCUUCCCCUCUCCUCCGAACUAAACCCUUCAGCAGAUCUAUCUCAGCCAUCGACCAUCCCUCCUCCACCUCCUAAUUUCCGCCUUCUCACACAUGCGCUCUCCUAUUUUGAAACUUGCAUAACAGCACCCUGUGCAUCGCCUAACACGCCGCCCUCUGCCCUCCAAUUCGAAGCGCUCAAAAAGCUGAGACUCCUACAAUGCAUCCGAUACGGAGGUCCCAAGCCACUACCUAAAUAUACCCAUCCUGCAUUAUCGAGGUUAUGGAAGUCAAGUGGAACCCUUUUCCAACCCGGUCUACCUGUCCUUCCUAGAGAAGAACGAAAUUCGGGAGGGUACGCUGCUUUCGUACAAGCCUUCCCCGGGAACAUCGGCUCAAUAUCCAACACAUCCACGAACCCGACAAGCUCUUCCUCUGUACCAAUGGUUCAUCCCAUUCGCACACUUGCUCUUCGAGAUCGUACUCUCUACGAGCACGAUAAGAACUGGGGGUUGAUUCUAAGAGUCGUGGCAGAGGCGGAAUCAGGGAGGUGGCAGGUCAAACAACUGACUGAAAGCUAUGUGAGGCUCGGUCUGAGUGAAAUUGGUAAAGCUUUGGGUUGGAUCAGAGACAACGACCCUGCACCGGUUGUGCAGCAAGGGGAUCAAAGCGUCAGGGCACUUCUACUGCAGAUGAUAGAAUCCAAGACAAUCAAUGCCUCCAUAUCCGCGGACGAUAUUGUUACCUUCCACGAUAACGACCCGGAUGUGGAACUAGAAGAACUGCUUGAACAAUUCGGAGAACCUCCCGCGGGCCAAAGCUCCCACACCUUAUCAUCCGUACUCACGGAAAUACAAAACCAAACAGCACAGCUUCAAAUUCUUGAAGAACAAACGGCUCAAUCGAAGAGAUUCUUGACUCAGGUUGUGAAAAACAUUGGAUCUGGAGGAGGCUCUGCUGGCUUUCCUGGAGGGUAUCCACAGUCAUUCAUGAUGGGUGGCGGCGCUUCGUGGGUUGGAGAUGAUGAGGAAGGACCUCUGGUGUAUGGUCACGACGAUAGUAUGUAUAGUUGAAAACCUGUCUUUUUGUGACCUGCAGGACUGUAAGAGGACUGUUGGUUCAUAGAAACAAAUCCCGACAGUAAGGGUAGUGCAACUAAGUACGAUGGUCCUGGAAUCUGACCUCGAUCCACUUCCGAGUCACAGAACUCACUGGUUGGGC